UUGUUGCCAUUCUUUAUUUAAACAUCCUCUCCGUCUACUUUAUCAUCUUCAAUAUGCACCCUUUCAGUGAUCCAACAGUCCACACACACGCUUCCUCUAGCUCAGAGUCUACUCUCACCUCCAAACCAAAAUAAAUCAACACCUUGAUACAAACCCCAAGAAAAGCCCUUCAUCUUCAAUAUGGGUGCCGUCGUCUCUUGCAUCCAAAGCGUCUUCCGCGCCAUCGGUAGCUGCCUUAUGGCCAUCGUCAACGCUAUCGGCUCCAUCUGCCACGCCAUCAUCAGCGGUGUGGUCACAGUGAUCGAUGUUAUCAUCUCCUGCCUGACCUGCGGCUACUGUGGAAAGCGCCGGCGAGGUCGUCGAUCAGCAGUCUGAUAGGAAACAAACUAUCAUGUCUCUACACACACCUAUAAGUCCAUAAGGAUAGAAGGGCUGGCUAUGGGUUCUACGAUUGUUAUGCCGGCGCGGAUUUUCUUUUGUCAUUUUACCUUCUUG